GGCUGCUAUGCCGUAUGGCAGUCUCUCGGCAUGUGGCCAGAGCUGUGGCACUGGCUAUGCUUCUCAGCUUUGACAUUUGGAAAGUGCGGUGCUAGUUGUGCAGCACCGUUGGGUGAGGGCGCUAUUAGUGGCACCGACGUCAUCAAUGGCUGUUCAAGGGCCGCUGAACUUGCCAUCCAGUUGGCUGCAGCAGACAAGCCUGUCCUCCACGAUGACUCCCCAGACUUUCUCAAGGGCUGUGUGUCUCUGUCAGAAGGUCUUGUGGGCUUGGCUUUCCAAGAAGCUGCUUCUGAAGUCUGCCCAGAGGCUUGCGCCAUCAUCCUAGCAUUGCAGGGUCUGACAGCGGAGCUGGAAGAGACGGCUCGCUGCACUCAGACACUACUUUUGCUAGUGCGCGCCUAUGGUUUCAUCAGUGAGAGCGAACCAAGCUGGGCCAUGUCCGGACUUGGAGAGCUGGUCUAUGCACGGAGGGAACAAUGCGCGAAGGUUCGACGAUUAGAAGUCGAGCGCUUCAGGCUUCCCAGACAUGCUGCAGCACCACAUCCCAGUGCCGGCCCUGGCUCUGGACAGACAACUGGGCAGGUGGCUGUUUUGGUGGCAGCAACACCGAACAAGAUCCACACCUACCAGCCGUUCCUCAACCUUUGGCGUUGCUAUGCCCUUCGUCAUGGAAUGGGCUUCAUUCUUGAGACAGAUGACACGGAGGUCAGCCCACCGCAUCAUCGCGCUCCAAACUGGUUGAGAUGGUUCACUGCCAAGAAAUACCUGAGCUACUACAAGGCCUUGCUUGUGGUUGACCCAGACCAGCUGAUUGUUCCCGAGUGUUGGAACGUUUCCAUUCCAGCUGUCUUGGGUGCCUGGUCAGGGGGAGCUUUCGGUUCCCCGGACGUUGCAACGCGGGACUUUGGUAAGCCGCAAACUUUGAACAACGGAGUGGUCUUGAUUCGGUCCUCUCAGAGGGGGCACUUCUUCUUAGACCUUCUGUUGGAAAAGGCUGCAUGGAUGCAAAACAUUGAAAAGGAUCAGGGUGCCUUCGACGAGACUGUCUUGGAGAUCUUGGGCAUGGAGGCGAACGCAAGAGGGGAUGAAGGCUAUGAUUCCGAAUGUGCACAAUAUGUUUGGCCCAAUGCAAAGGGCAACCAUGAGAUUGCACUCUACGCGCUAUGCUGGUGGCGUGCGAGCGAACGCUUGGCCGGCCCCUUCGGUGCCAGACACUCUUCCUUUUUCCGCUUUGCUGAUCCCCGAUUGGUUGAUGUCAAUCACGUUGUUGGCGCUCGAGGGCUAGAAGAGCCAGCUGUGCUGCACCACUUCGCUGGACGCUCCAAAGACUGGGAUUUCAUGCUGGAGACUUUUGGGAUGGCACGUCGCAACACUGGUAACUGUCAGAGGGUUUUUCAGCACGUGGACAGCCGAGCAGCUGAAAAGAGGUGCAUUCCAGGUGGGCCUCCGGUGACAGAGUGCGAGCCGCCCAUGCUUGUGUGCUGAUUAGAUGGGGCACUAGCUCCGUUGGAUAUUGGUUUCAGUGCAGCCAGAAGCUCCAAAGAGGAGAAACUAUGGCAAACGUGAAGGGAAA